AUACUAUCGGUCUAUCGAUAACAACGCUGGCGAGGGUGAACAAGUUCAAGUUCAAGCAGCUGAUUCGUUUUGUUUUUAAUUUUCAUAUGAUAUAACGAAACCAAAACAAGUGAAGCGGGCGAAAGGACACAUCCAAGACGUUUCAGCACAGCCCAAUGUUGUGGCGACCUCUGCUCCUGCUGCGCGGUCUCCACCUGGGUCAACGCCACCAGAUAAGCCACUACGAUGCACUGGGAAUCGGACGUCAGUGCACGCAGAACGAGAUCAAGGCAGCUUACUAUAAGCUCUCGAUGCUCUACCAUCCGGACAGGAACCAAGGAAGUGAGAGCGCAGCCAAGAAGUUCCGGGAAAUCAAUCAGGCUUAUGAGAUUCUGGGAAACUAUCGGCUGCGUCGUCUUUACGACAAGGGAAUCGUGCAUACGGCGGGCGCCCAAUAUGCCCAAGAUGUCCAGGAUGUGGCAGAACCCUUAGUCGAGGACGAUGCGGAGACUAAGUUUUACAAAUCGCGUUUUCAGAAAUCGCGUGUAGCGGACUCUGAAGGCCGUACGCCCAUCUAUGACUUUGACGAGUGGUCCCGAAAUCACUACGGUAAAUCAUUUGACCGGAGACAGGCCGCCCAGGCCAAAUAUGACCGAAUUAAGGUGCAAAAGGAGACCAACAAGAUGUCAGGUGAGACAGACAUGGUCUUGCUGGCGUUUAUCUUUGCCGGAAUAGCCGUAUACCUGAUGUUCCUCGCCGAAAGCUCCUACGACACCCCCAAACGGAGGGCUGAGGAACGACACAGACGCGAUCAAGAAGAGCGAGAACAAAAAGUAGCCGGGAAGCAAUCGUAGAGUUAUCUAGUCCUCAGCGUACAUAGACUUAAGUAUAAUGAAUUAAAUUCGAAAAAAUAUAUUUUUAUGAAUAAGA